GGGGAAAAAAGAAUCUGAUGAAAGGAAUCCACUGCUCUUGUGCAACAUCUGAUUGGUAGACACAUCUAUAGGCAGAAAGUUGGGGGAUGGCGGUCAAUGUCUAUUCCACGUCUAUGACCAGCGGCGAGAACCUCAGUCGCCAUGACAUGUUGGCCUGGGUCAACGACUCCCUGCAGCUGAACUACACCAAGACUGAGCAACUCUGCACUGGGGCUGCCUACUGCCAGUUCAUGGACAUGCUCUUCCCAGGCUGUAUCCUUCUGAAGAGAGUCAAAUUCCAGGCCAAACUGGAGCACGAAUCCAUCCAAAACUUCAAAGUCUUACAGGCGGCCUUCAAGAAAAUGGGCGUCGACAAAAUAAUCCCAGUAGAGAGGUUAAUAAAGGGGAAGUUCCAGGACAACUUUGAGUUUGUCCAGUGGUUCAAGAAAUUAUUUGAUGCCAACUAUGAUGGGAAGGAGUACGACCCGCUGCUGGCGAGACAGGGGCAAGACAUGGCCCCCGCUCCUAACCCUGGGGAUCACGGUUUGAUCAAGCCCAAGAAACCCAUUGGCACAGCAGUCCCACAAAGAACUUCCCCUACGGGUCCCAAGACCAUUCAGGCCCCUGUGCGGUUGCAAAACACGGCCCCUCCCAUGAGGAAAAACCCACCCAUCAUCAGAAAUGGGGGGCACGACAUGGACUCGCAGGUGGUGGAGCUUAACCAACAGUUGAUGGAGCUGAAACUGACGGUGGACGGGUUGGAGAAAGAGCGCGACUUCUACUUCAGCAAACUGCGAGACAUUGAACUGGUCUGCCAGGAGAGUGACAGCGAGAACGUUGGGGUCCUCUCCAAGAUCAUAGACAUCCUCUAUGCCACAGAGGAAGGAUUCGCUCCCCCGGAUGAUGAGGAGAAAGAUGAACUUCAGCCCGAGGACCAAGAUGAAUACUAACAAGGCUUUUCUCCUCCCUUUUUUUCAUCCUAUUCCUUGCCCCCCCCCACCCCGCAUCCUAUAUAAAUCCUCCUCCCUGUCAUUAUCCAUCAGUCAUGAGAAGAGGACACCUUGGGCUUGGGAUCACUUCCUGCACCACCAUUCGUCGUCAUAGAAACAGCCGAUGCUUUGUGGGUGUCUGUCGCGCAGGCGUCUCGCCCAGUCGGACAUUUCUAUCCAAUAGGAACUCUGGAUGGGGAGGUGUUGGUGUUUCUUUGGAGUUGGCUUUUUACGCUUGCUAAACAUGGAGCUUCAUACUUUUAUCGGGAGGGUAAUCUUUUUCCCGUGGGAGUUUUAUAUCCUUGGUAGUUUUUCUGCCUGUUGGAGUCUGGGGUUACUGAUCAUAUGAUAUCUGUACGUCUCUGUCUUCCUUUUAUAUACACAAGGCCUUUUGGCCCUCCUUCUCCUCCAACCUUUACUUGCGAGGUGGUGUAUCUACCCCAGGUUACAAAACUGUUGUUUCUUUACGUUGACCUGUCCCAUGGAUCAACUCUGAAAGACAAACACCAGAGGGCAUCUCAGUAGGUUUACCCUAUGUGGCAUCUAGAAUAAGUUCACCACAAUCCUAGUGGGUAAAAAAAACAGAACCUCUUUGACAAGAGGCUAACAUGGAACCAUCAUACUGUCCACUAGCACCAAGAUGCUAACAUUUUAUUUAUAUGUGGUACCCCUGAAGUUUUCCAGAGCUUCUUGAUGUUAUCAUGGGAUGGUUUCCUCCUGUGUUGCAAGAUUCCAUCUUGGAAACCUCCCAUCGGUUGCUCUGUAGGUGCCAACUAGAUGGUGAUCAAACAGCCUCCUUUAUAUUCCAUUUAGAACUUACUCUAGACAACGAAACACCAGAAAUCUCUUCAUAAUAAUCUGGUUUUGCAGCACAGGGCUGUAGUGGUUGUUCCGAAAUCUACAGGAGUCCAGGUCAUCGAACUAGAGCAGGGAUCCCCAACCUUUAGAACCCGUGAGCAACAUUCAGACGGGAGCAACACAAGCAUGAAAAAUGUUCCCGGGGUGCCAAAUAAGGGCUGUGAUUGGCCAUUUAGUAGCCCCUAUGUGGAUUGUCAGCCUACAUUGAGGAUCUGUUUGGCAGUACAACUGGUUUUUAUACAACUAAAAGUUGCCUCCAAGCCUGGAAUUCAAAAACAAGCUCCUGCUUUGAGGCCACUGGGGGCAACAUCCAAGGGGUCAUAGAGCAACAUGUUGCUCACAAGCUACUAGUUGGGGAUCACUGAACUGGAGGAUACUUGCUAAGCAGUUCUUCAAGUCGAGGCUGAAAGAGUUUAAGUAGACGAUCCAAGUCAGGCGAGAUGAGAUUGUUCUCUGUAGAGCUGCUCAUCAUCUAGCAGAACCCUGGGUAAAUACACCACCUCUACUCCUGUCUGACCCUGAUGCUCUCCUGAUGUCUCCUUCCGCCAUUAUUGCUUGUAUUAUAUAUUAGAGCCUUCCUGCUGCCACCGAGUCUCCUCAUGCCGUGUGGGCCCAUCCAGAGCAGGAGGGCUGACCAGUUAAGAGUGGAUAUAUAUAUAUUUUUUUUUUUUUGAAUGGGUUUUACAUGCACUUUCUGUUCCCAGGUUCCCCACCCCAAACAACACAAACCAUAGUGGAGCUUGUGCCAUAAACUCAGCCUCAGACAGUCCAUUCCCGUUACAUGGAGGGAUAUGAUUGGGCUGCAAAUGUGAGCAUUUUGCUUUAGAUGAACUCAUAUUAUAUUUUUAUAGUGAUAAUAAGUUUCGUUUAUAGACAAUCCUACUUGGAAACAACCAGACGGGAAGUAUUAGCGGUGCCCUAUGAGGCUCAUUUCUUUAAAAUAUACGAAUUUAUUAUUUUUUUAAAGCUAUUUAUACAUUCAAUUAAUAUUUUAUCACUUUAUCCAACCGGUCGUCGGGGUUCCGACUGGAUCACAAGUUGGUACUGGAGGGGUUUUGACUGUGUGACGGCUGAGCGAGUGAUCCUUUGCACACAAACCUUGGCUCCUCUGUGAGGGUGAAACUGGGAAAUUGUCGUCUUUCUGUUAAUUUAUUGAUUGUUAAUGUUGUUUUGCCAGCAGAGGAGGCUGCAGUACUUUGCUUUGCUAGUGAAUUUUAAACCAUACAUAGAGGGUCUCAGUAGCUGCAGAAAGAUCAGGGUGGUGGCACAUGGGGCAUUGAGAUUGAGGGCAACAAAAUGCAGAGGAUCCCCUACAGGUGCCAAGGAUAAUUGGCUUAAAGGCUGCCUAUAUGUAUCUAUCUAAUAUAUCAGUAGCACGGAAACAAUAUCCAACGGAAACAAUAUCAUGAUUCUGCUGCGCAUUGUGACUGCACCUAAUUGUAGCGUCGCUCGCCGCUCCUCUUGUGCCACGGCCCUCAGGAGAGGCCAAAAUAUAUUUAUUUCUCGUAUGUCAAUCGUUUUUAUCUUUUCAGUUCAUUGUAUGAUGUGAAACUGAGGUCUCAUAAGCUGAAAUCAAUAAGCUGUGAAUGGAGUAGACAAAGCAGCACUGGGGGUGCCCCCAUAAUAACUAACACAAUAAACUUGAGUUUCAUGUUAAUAACAAUACCAUCAAAAUAAAAAGGUGUUGCAUUUGUGCCUGAAAA